AUGUCAGGCACUUUUGAGUGGCACCUUUUGGGACUGGGCAUCCGCCAUGCCCUACCAGCACCAUUUCAUCCAUCCAGCAACGGGCAAGCGGAGAGAAUGGUGCGCUCGGCAAAAGAGGCACUGGCGCACCUGGACCAGGGAGACUGGUACGAGUGGGUUGCUGAAUACUUGUUUGUGCAACACAUCACCCCUCAUGCGGCCACAGGGUGGAGUCCUGCCGAACUUCUUAUGGGCCGCCGCCUCAGGUCUCCGCUCGACCGGCUGCACCCGGACUUUGCCAUGGCCAAACCCCCAGGCUGUGCCAAUGCGCCACGGUCAUUUGUUCCAGGAAACCAGGUCUUUGCCCAGAACUUUGUGGGGGACAUUCCUUGGGUGCCAGCCACAGUAGUGGGAGUCACUGGACCUCGCUCAUACCAGGUAGCACUUAAAGACGGAUGCUUGUGGCACCGGCACAUAGACCAGCUUAGGUGCAGGGUUGGGGACUUGGACACUACUGCAGUGCCCCCAACUGCGCUCAUGGAUCCAGAACAGACACUUACAGAUGGCGAGGCUCCACCUACACCUCUCUCACAAACUGCAGGCGUGGAGCCGAACCAAGCCGCUUCAGAGGGUCUGCCAGACUUCCCACAGACUCAGACCAUUGCCGUGCCUGACAUUCCACCAACUCCACUUGUGGAGGUUCCACCCACAGCAGCGGAUCCAGGGGACUUGGUUUCAACGCCACCUAGGGUCGCGCCACAGCCUCAGCAAGAAUCGGGCAGCCCACCGGACCUGGGUACCGCUCCCCGGCAGUUUGGCAGAGUUUCCAAGCUCCCAACGUAUUUAAAGGACCAUGUUGUUGGACAUGUAAUACUGUUGGCCUAA